GCUCCAUGUCGGCCGGCGCGCCGCCGCCUAGGGGCGCACGGCUCAGGCGGGCCGACCCGCGGGGGCGCACAUCCUCGUCCGGGCAAGGGUCCCUUCGGGGACGACGGAGAGGGCGGCGGCGGCUAGGCGGGCGCGCUCCGGGGUGGCGGGCACGGCGGAGCCCGGGGAGGCGCGGUUCCCCUCCUGCACGCCGGGCACCGAUGCUGGCUGGCGCGGGGCGACAAUCGCAGCGCGGCGCAGCUCUCGCCUCGGGCCCCGGAGCUCUGCGCCGUGGGUUUGGUGGUACCCGGGCUCUGGACGACUCUGCCACUCAGGCGGCCGCGGGUCCUCUUCACGAGUGUCCGAUCGGGGCUAUGUCCGGGCUCCGCCGCCGGUCAGCGCCGCUCAAGUUGCCGGGAGCUCCGUCUGAGCGCACGUUCUGCAGACGGCCGGGCCAGGGCCAGCGGGAGACGGGUGAGGCGGGCGCGCGGGGCGAGGGCGCGUGGAGCGCGGGGCGUGGGGACGCGCGGCGGCGGCGCCGCGCGGAGGAGGCGCGCGGGGAUCCCGGGGCCCCGCCGCCCGCGCCCACCGCGCCCUCCGCAGAGCCGCCCGCGCUGCUCGGCCGCCUCCCUCUGCGCGUCUGCCGCUCCGCGCGCUCGCCCCCGCCUCCCCGAGCGGGUCCCAACUCCGCCCGCCUGGCCCGGCUCACGUCACCCGCCUUCCCCGCCCCUCGAAUGGGAGCCCGAGCCCCUGCCCGGCCCAGGCUCUAGCCUGGCGGUGGCCCGACUCGCUGCCUGGGGCUGUGCCCAGCGCUGGCCCUGGCGAGACCUGAGGUGGGGUCCUCGCCGCCCCCUUCCCCAUCCUCGGCCUCGUCUGGUCCCCACCUUGAAAACGGCUCGGGAGAAGCCGCAGGCUCCGAUUGGACCGCCGGGCGCCGCCGGAUGGUGUUGCCACGGGGAGGCUGAGUGCUGUGCUGGAGCUUCGGAAUUUCUCCCCUGGUGGUCUCAGCAGUUUCCAGCUGAGGGGACAGAGCUGGGCACAGAGGAGCUGAGGUGCCACCUGCAAAGUGACCCACGGAACAACCAGCCCGCAGCGCAGGACACCCAGGGCCUGCAGGAAGGGAGUGAGGGUCGCCCUGCCUCGCGAAUCUCAGGGGUGCUCUGAGAGGACACAGUGUUCCCAGGCUUCAUGCUGGGGCAGACAAGUGUGAGGUCUUCCCUGCUGCCAGAAAGGGGACCAGCUGCUGCCUACGAACAGGAUUGGCCAGGAGGAAAACUCAUUUGAAGGCUUUCAGGGUUCUCCCUGAUAGCUUUGCCUCUUCUAUUUAGAUGAGAAGGAAUGAACAGAAAGAAGAUUAAUUUGCAUUGCAAAAUAAAGUAACCAGAUUUGAAAGCA